GUUUAUGAACGCGGUUGCUUUCCGAUGCCCGUGGCCGUGAGUAGAGUUAACAAUUUCUAUUCCGUUAAUUCGGUACUAUACCAAACGAACAAAUCAGAUCAGCUUGAGGUACCGGACCGAAAUGUUCCGAUACUAGUCAAUCAAAGUCCACAAUUAACUCAACUGGGCUGGGCUCGUAGUUGCCUCAACUCUUCAUUAAAAAAAUAAAAAAUAAAUGGGGACUCAAUCAAUUACGCAAGUUCCAGUAUUUCUUUCUCCAUGCAGCUCUGCUUUCUGUUCGGUGUUCGUGAUCUGUCUCAUUGUUCUUGCCAUCAAUCUUCUUCUCUUUACGAUUCAAUAAGCUGCAUUUUCACGUAGGAUAUCAAUCAGUGAAACAGAAGAGAACGGUAAAAUGGAGUGGUCCACAGUUCAGCACCUAGAUCUACGCCACGUCGGUCGCGGCGAUAACAAACCGUUGCAGCCACAUGCCGCUGCGUUUCACCAUAAUCAGGCGCUCAUCUCCGUGGCUAUCGGAACCUACAUCACUGAAUUUGAUACUUUAACUGGAUGCAAGAUUGCUUCUAUUGACAUUGGUUCACCUCCUGUUCGCAUGGCUUAUUGUCCUACCAGCAGCCAUGCUGUUGUCGCUGUUCUUGAGGAUUGUACAAUUAGGUCCUGCGAUUUUGACACUGAGCAAACUUUUGUGCUGCAUUCACCUGAAAAGAAAUCGGAAAAAAUUUCCAUUGAUACAGAAGUUCAUCUUGCAUUGACACCUCUCCAACCGGUUGCAUUUUUUGGUUUUCACAGGAGGAUGAGUGUAACUGUUGUUGGAACUGUUGAAGGAGGAAGGGCUCCUACAAAAAUAAAGACAGACUUGAAGAAGCCAAUUGUUAAUCUAGCUUGCCAUCCCCGUCUACCAGUACUGUAUGUAGCUUAUGCAGAUGGUUUGAUCCGAGCAUACAACAUUCAUACAUAUGCCGUUCAUUACACAUUACAAUUUGAUAAUACAAUUAAACUUAUUGGUGCUGGUGCAUUUGCUUUUCACCCAACAUUGGAAUGGAUUUUUAUUGGUGAUAGGCGAGGUCUGCUUUUAGCAUGGGAUGUAUCAACAGAGAGACCUACUAUGAUUGGAAUUACACAAGUGGGUUCCCAACCAAUAAUCUCAGUUGAUUGGCUUCCUUUGUUGCAUUUAGUUCUCACGCUUUCCAAGGAUGGUUCUCUUCAAGUUUGGAAAACAAGAGUGAUGCUUAAUCCUAAUAGACCUCCUAUGCAAGCAAAUUUUUUUGAGCUUGCCUCAAUUGAAUCAAUAGAUAUCCCUCGAAUUCUAUCCCAGCAAGGUGGAGAAGCAGUUUAUCCCUUACCACGAGUUAGAGCUAUAGAAGUUCACCCAAAAUUAAAUUUAGCAGCUCUAUUGUUUGCGAAUUUGACGGUUGGUGACAAUAUUAAGAAUAGGGCUGCAUACGCUAGGGAAGGAAGGAAACAGCUCUUUGCUGUCUUGCAAAGUGCAAGGGGAUCUUCAGCAUCUUUUUUAAAGGAAAAGCUGUCAUCCAUGGGCUCAUCUGGAAUUUUAGCUGAUCAUCAACUUCAAGCACAAUUGCAAGAGCAUCAUCUGAAGGGCCACAAUCACUUGACGAUUGCAGAUAUUGCAAGGAAGGCCUUUCUUUAUAGUCAUUUCAUGGAAGGUCAUGCCAAAAGUGCUCCAAUAUCUCGGCUGCCUCUCAUCACUAUUCUGGACACUAAACAUCCACUGAAAGACAUUCCUGUUUGUCAGCCAUUUCAUUUGGAGCUCAAUUUCUUCAAUAGAGAGAACCGGGUUCUUCAUUAUCCUGUCAGGGCCUUUUAUUUAGAUGGCUUAAAUAUAAUGGCAUAUAAUCUCUGUUCUGGAGUUGAUAGUAUCUACAAGAAACUUUACACUUCGAUUCCAAGCAAUGUGGAAUAUUAUCCAAAGUACAUGGUUUACAGUAAAAAACAACAGCUUUUUCUAGUUGUUUAUGAGUUCAGUGGUGCUACAAAUGAGGUUGUCCUCUAUCGAGAAAAUGUUGAUUCCCAGUUAGCCAACAGUAAAAGUAGCACUGUCAAAGGACGAGAUGCAGCAUUUAUCGGGCCCAAUGAAAAUCAAUUUGCAAUUCUUGAUGAAGACAAGACUGGAUUGGCUUUAUACAUUCUUCUGGGGGUGGGCUCACAAGAAGAUGAUGAAAGGAACCCAUCAGCAGAUUCCAAUGUUGGUUCUGUUCGAGGUCCUGUGCAGUUUAUGUUUGAAAGUGAAGUUGAUCGCAUCUUUUCCUCUCCAAUAGAUUCAACUUUGAUUUUUGCAUGUAAUGGUAAUCAAAUUGGGUCAGCAAAGUUGAUUCAAGGAUACCGCCUUUCAACUUCAGAUGGUCAUUAUAUACCAACAAAAACCAAAGGGAAAAAGUCUAUCAAGUUGAAAGUUAAUGAAACUGUGCUUCAGGUACAUUGGCAAGAGACUCAGAGAGGCUAUGUUGCAGGAAUUUUAACUACUCAAAGAGUACUUAUAGUUUCGGCUGAUCUUGACAUUUUGGCAAGCAGUUCCACAAAAUUUGAUAAAGGACUUCCUUCAUAUAGAUCCCUCUUGUGGGUUGGGCCAGCGCUUCUAUUUUCUACAGCUACUGCAAUUAGUGUGCUAGGCUGGGAUGGGAAAGUUAGGACCAUUCUCUCAAUCAGUAUGCCAAAUUCAGUUUUGGCUGGUGCUCUAAAUGAUCGCUUAUUGAUCGUAAACCCAACAGAUAUCAGUCCCAAACAAAAGAAAGGUUUUGAGGUUAAGAGUUGUCUUGUUGGGCUUCUUGAACCUCUUCUUAUUGGGUUUGCGACAAUGCAACAAUAUUUUGAGCAGAAGCUUGAUCUAUCUGAAAUAUUGUAUCAAAUAACAUCAAGAUUUGACAGCUUGCGUAUAACUCCCCGGUCUCUUGAUAUUCUUGCCAAAGGUCCUCCUGUCUGUGGAGACCUUGCUGUAUCAUUAUCUCAAGCUGGACCACAGUUCACUCAGGUGUUGCGGGGCAUAUAUGCAAUUAAAGCUCUCCGGUUUUCUACUGCACUAUCUGUUCUGAAAGAUGAGUUUUUGCGCUCUAGGGAUUAUCCAAAAUGUCCUCCAACCUCGCAUUUAUUCCAUCGCUUUCGGCAAUUGGGAUAUGCCUGUAUAAAGUAUGGGCAGUUUGACAGUGCCAAAGAAACUUUUGAAGUUAUAGCAGACUAUGAAAGCGUGCUUGAUAUGUUCAUAUGCCACCUUAAUCCGAGUGCAAUGCGCCGUCUUGCUGAAAGAAUGGAAGAAGAGGGAGCUAAUUCAGAGUUAAGGCGAUAUUGUGAAAGGAUUUUGAGAGUCCGCUCUACUGGAUGGACACAAGGCAUUUUUGCCAACUUUGCUGCGGAGAGUAUGGUUCCAAAAGGACCUGAAUGGGGUGGUGGGAACUGGGAAAUCAAAACUCCUACUAACUUGAAGAGUAUACCUCAGUGGGAGCUGGCUGCAGAAGUGGUGCCGUAUAUGAGGAAUGAUGAUGGUCCCAUACCAUCUAUUAUUUCUGAUCAUAUUGGUGUUUACCUGGGUUCAAUCAAGGGAAGAGGCAAUAUUGUCGAAGUGACAGAAACAAGCUUGGUUAAACCUUUCAUGCCUGCAGGAGCUGACAAUAAACCUAAUGGACUUCACACUCCUUUAGCUAAUUCUGUGUCUAUUAAAUCAAAGGGAGCACCUGAUGGUGAUUCCAAGGUCAGUUCAUUGAUGGGUCUGGAAACACUUACCGGUCAAUAUGCUGGUUCCACUGCUGCUGAUGAACAGGCUAAAGCUGAAGAAGAAUUUAAGAAAACAAUGUAUGGUGCGACUGCUGAUGGUAGCAGCAGUGACGAGGAGGGAGCAUCAAAAGCCAAAAAAUUACAAAUUAGAAUACGAGAUAAGCCUAUUGAGUCUGCUACAGUAGAUGUCAAUAGGAUUAAAGAAGCUACGAAGCAGUUUAAACUUGGUGAUGGGUUGGGCCCACCUAUGAGGUCUAAGUCAGUAAGUAUUGGAUCUCAGGACCUUGGUCAGAUUUUAUUCCAACCUUCUCCUGUUACCAGUGGAAGUGCAGCCGCACCUACAGUUUCUGCUGCUGUUGACCCAUUUGGUACUGAAUCUUGGGCACAACCUCCAUCAGUAUCACAGCCAGCUCCUAUGGCUGCAGGUACAGGAGCUCCAUCUCAACCUAUUCCCGAAGAUUUUUUCCAGAAUACAAUUUCGUCACUUCAAGUUGCUGCCUCUCUGCCUCUUCCUGGAACUUCUUAUCUUGCAAAAUAUGAACAAGCUGCUAGAGGCAUUGAAAGUGGCAAGGUAACACCUAACCAGGCAAGUUCAUCUCCCACUGAUAUCAGUCUCGCUGGUGGUGUUGUUCCCCCACAAGCUCUUCAACAACAUGCUAUUCCAGUUGAGUCCAUUGGACUUCCAGAUGGUGGUGUUCCACCACAAUCUUCUGGGCAGGCUCCUUUCCUUUCUCAACCUCAGUUUCAAGCUACUCAGGUCCCACCUUCCGCGCAGCCUCUUGAUCUCAGUGCCCUUGGAGUUCCUGAUUCUGGAAAACCCACCACUACCCGUCCAGUUUCUCCACCAGCAUCAGUACGCCCUGGACAGGUUCCUCACGGGGCCGCUGCUCCAGUAUGUUUCAAGAGUGGUCUUGCUCACCUUGAGCAGAAUCAACUUCCAGAUGCACUAUCCUGUUUUGACGAAGCUUUCCUUGCAUUAGCUAAGGAUCAGUCUCGAGGUGCUGAUGUAAAAGCUCAAGCAAACAUCUGUGCACAGUACAAGAUAGCUGUCACUCUUCUGCAGGAAAUUGCACGGCUGCAGAAAGUUCAAGGGCCUAGUGCAAUCAGUGCAAAAGAAGAAAUGGCGAGAUUAUCGCGUCAUUUAGGCUCUCUAUCUCUCCAGACAAAGCACCGGAUAAAUUGCAUUCGAACUGCCAUCAAACGGAACAUGGAUGUUCAGAAUUUUGGAUAUGCCAAACAGAUGCUCGAGCUCCUUCUGUCCAAAGCUCCUCCAAGUAAACGGGAUGAGUUGAGGAGUUUGAUCGACAUGUGUGUUGAGAGGGGCUUGACCAACAAUUCUAUCGAUCCAUUGGAAGAUCCCUCUCAAUUUUGUGCCGCCACACUUAGCCGUCUAUCUACCAUUGGAUACGACGUAUGUGAUCUUUGUGGGGCCAAGUUUUCUGCGCUCUCAACACCGGGAUGCAUUAUCUGCGGUAUGGGAAGUAUUAAAAGAUCAGAUGCAGUUGCAGGGCCUGUUACUUCACCAUUUGGCUGAGAUUGAAGAUCUGCAAAUUUUGCUUCAUCGUCCGAUUAGGGCUUCUUACUUUCACCCUCCCAUACCAUACCACUGAUUUCGGAAAUAAUUAUUCGAAGAAUGAGCCAUGUAGUCUAUAGAAAGGUAGACAGCAUUGCUAAUUGGUGUAUAGUGCAAGCUUAAUUUGUUUGUAAAUCAUUCUUUUCUCCUUUCACAUAGUUUACCACUGUAAAGUACAUAAAAAAUAUAUUUUAUGUUAUUUUAUAAACAUUAAUUUUGUUCAUUUUACAAUACCUUUCAUCGAAUUUAGAAUCAAUCUAGUUGUUUUGUGUUAAAAUAUUA